CGGAUGUGUUCCCUGACCUUCUACUCCAAGUCAGAGAUGCAGAUCCACUCCAAAUCCCACACGGAGGCCAAGCCGCACAAGUGCCCCCACUGCUCCAAGAGCUUCGCCAACAGCUCCUACCUGGCCCAGCACAUACGCAUCCACUCGGGGGCCAAGCCCUACACCUGCAGCUACUGCCAGAAAGCGUUCCGCCAGCUCUCCCACCUACAGCAGCACACACGGAUCCACUCCAAGCUCCACACGGCGAUUGUCAAGCCGCACAAGUGCCCCCACUGCUCCAAGAGCUUCGCCAACACGUCCUACCUGGCCCAGCACCUCCGCAUCCACUCGGGGGUCAAACCCUACACGUGCCGUUACUGCCAGAAGGCGUUCCGCCAGCUCUCCCACCUGCAGCAGCACACACGGAUCCAUACUGGAGACCGGCCCUAUAAAUGCGCUCACCCGGGGUGUGAGAAGGCUUUCACACAGCUCUCCAAUCUGCAGUCGCACAGACGGCAACACAACAAAGACAAACCAUUCAAGUGCCACAAUUGCCACCGUGCAUACACAGACGCUGCCUCGCUGGAGGUUCAUCUGGCCACCCACACAGUGAAGCACGCCAAGAUCUACAACUGCUCUAUGUGCAAUCGGGCCUACACCUCGGAGACGUAUCUGAUGAAGCACAUGCGGAAACACAACAUCCCUGACCCCCAGCAGCAAGUGGCCCAGGUGCAGGCCCAGGUGCAGGCGCAGGUGCAAGCCCAGGUGCAAGCGCAGGUGAAAGCGCCCCCGUCUCCCUUCUGGUACCUGAUGAGGAACGAGGGGUGGCUAACGGACGGGAGGGACUUCAACUUUGGCUGGUUGCUGAGUACCGAGGGCACGCAACAGGGAGACUCCUGAAGGAGAGAGGGGCAGAAGCGGUGGUCCUCCCGUCUCCCCCCAGAUGCCACCGGCUGCGGCCUCUCCCCACCCCCCGGCGGCUAAAAGGAGAUCCUUUCGUGGGGCCAGCGGGAAAGGAGACCGUUGAGCUGCUCCUCUCCUCUCAUGGCAUGGUUGUCCAGACGCUUCCUUCGCUUUCCGCGUCGCCAAGGCAGACUGGACUCGCGAGGGGGCCCGCGGCGGUCCCCUGGGACAGCAGGAGCCCACGGAAUCCUCCGCAGGGUGGACGCUGGUGGACAGCAGACGGCAGAAGUGGUCUCUCCCACCCUGCGUGGAGACCAACGACAAGGGGAGGGAAUAUUGAAAAGAAAAGACUUGAGCCCUCCGCCCCCAUUGAAUCGAUAUAUAUCUAUAGAUAUAUAAAUAUACAUAGAUAUCUAUUCACACCCCUACCCUACCCAGCCUGCUCUGUUCCUUGCUGUAACUGUUUCUAUCUGUGUUUAUAAAACGCAUUAUCUUUGGAAUUUUUUUAAAAAAAAAAAUUCAAUCCUUCUUUUUUAAAGCCCUGCUUCCCCCCAUUUUCAUCACGUUAUGUCCCCCUGAUAAUUUUUUUUGCUCUCCUCUCCUCCCUCACUUCUCCCCCCCCGCCCAGUUUUUAAUAUUGUGGUUCCCUAUGCCAUCAUUUCAGUAUUCUGCAUCUCGCUUGGAUGACAGAGGGCAGAAAAAGGAGAACAGGAAAACAAAUCUAAUUGAGUUUCAAGGCAAGUAAAAUAAAUAAAAGACCCCUAACGGGCAUACAAAUGCCAGGAGGGAGGGGGGUGUUUAAUAUUGGUGCAUCAAAAUAAAUGGGUUCCGAUAUGUAUAUGUUUUUUUUUCCUGUGUGAAUGGUAUUUGGCAGGAGCUGUGUGUACCCCAGGCAAGAAAGGUGAGGAUCAUGUGUUCUUUUCCACUCCCCACCUACUAGAGAGUCUGGCCCGUGGGGGUACAUGGUCCACCUUCUGUGCACACUGCCCUGCUGGCCCCAGUGCUGGAAAUAACUGGUGUGCAAAGACAAAGUUCUAUAAGAAACAGCUGGACCCUGCAGUCUUUCCCCCAACACCUCC